UACUUUUGUAAGAUAAAUAACAGUCAUUUAAGACAAAAUGCUAAAAUUAGUUAUUUUUCUGGUGUGUUUCGCUGGUAUUUUUGCAGAAAAUUUUUGGAUAAUAAAGCCCGGACCAAAGUACCCGCCGACAAAGGGUGAAGUUUGGCCAAAACCACAAUAUCAGAUAAAAGAAAAUACGUUUUAUAUUUUGAUCCCUCGACAAUUUGAAUUUAAGGCUACUGAUCAAACAUGCGAUGAUCUAACCACUGUAGUCGAAAGGUACUCUUUUAUUCUAUCGAAAAUUGGAGACGGAACAGGCAAGAGAGUAGAUCGGUCUGACCGCGGAAAAGUAUCUGAAGGACUUUACAAAGGGCAUUUAAAGAAGUUGGAAAUAGUUUUAACACAAGCUUGUGAGGCUUAUCCGCAUCUGCACAUGGAUGAAAGCUAUAAUCUCACUGUAUCAGCCACGUCAACACUGCACAGCAGAUCACUAUGGGGAGUUAUGCGUGGCCUCGAAACAUUCGCACAAUUAUUUUAUCUGUCCGACGAUCGAAAUGAAAUACGAAUAAACACGACUCAGAUUUAUGAUUUCCCACGCUACAAACACAGGGGACUUUUACUAGACACAUCUCGACACUUUAUUUCCGUAACAAAUAUUUUAAAGACUUUAGAUGCGAUGGAGAUGAAUAAAAUGAACGUUUUUCAUUGGCAUAUAGUUGACGACCAAAGUUUUCCUUACAGAAGUGAAAAGUAUCCUGAAUUAAGCAACGUAGGUGCUUUUGACUCAUCAAUGACAUACUCCAAGGAAGAUAUUCAGACAGUUAUAGAGUUUGCGAGGAUUCGGGGUAUACGAGUUAUACCAGAAUUUGACGUUCCUGGUCACACAGCUUCUUGGGGUAGUUCACAUCCACACCUACUCACAGAAUGUUAUCAAGGAAACAGAGUGGUAGGUUUGGGCCCAAUGGACCCAACGAAGAAUUCAACUUAUCAACUUCUUCGAGAACUUUUCCACGAAGUUCAGACAUUGUUCCCAGAUAGCUACUUCCAUAUCGGUGGUGAUGAAGUUGGAUUAGAUUGUUGGAAAUCAAAUCCGGAACUUCGGGAAUUUAUGAAAACCAAUAAAUUAACGGUUUCUGAUUUACAUGCUUUAUUUAUAAGGAAAGUAAUACCACUUUUGGUAGAUAAUUCGAAACUCAUUGUUUGGCAGGAAGUAUUCGACGAAGGAGUUAGUCUAACAAAAGAUACUCUCAUCCAAGUCUGGAAAUAUAAUUGGAUCAGUGAAAUGAUUAACAUACUCGAAUCCGGUCAUAAGCUUAUAUUCUCAUCCACGUGGUAUCUAAGUGCAAUGAAUUCAGAGUGGCCCGACUUUUAUUUACCUGAUCCUCGUAAAAUGGUGUACGAUAUUACUAGAAAUGAGACUUUACUGCCGGGUAUAGUCGGAGGCGAAGCUUGUAUGUGGGGGGAGAUGGUGGACGACCGGAAUGUUAUCAAUAGGGUAUGGCCACGAGCUAGUGCAGUCGCUGAAAGACUAUGGAGUACUCUAGACGAGAAAAUCACUUUCAAGAUCGAAAUUCCCACUGAAACAUACCAUCGUAUAGAGGAGCACGCAUGUCGGAUGAUACGACGAGGCAUGAAUGCGCAACCUCCCUCUGGUCCCGGAUUUUGUUUGGCUUAAUUCUUAACAAUAAUGUAAAAAUGUCUUGAAACAUUUAUUAAAAUAAAUAAUGAUCAUUGAGA